AUGGCUCUCUUGAGCUGGAACUGCUAGCACUAAAAAAGUGUUUUUUCUGACUCAGAAAGCGGUGAAGUCCCUAAAAACCUUUUCUCUUUGCCGUUUUAUAUCGCGUGACAUCUGAGGCAUCGAGGCCUUUUUUCUCUUCAAAUUCACAGUUGAUUGUUGACUUUAAAGUUUAAAUGUCGGGCAGUCUGUCCAUUUGCUCGUCGACGACGCCUCCGACGAAUUGCCGCUGCUGAAAAUUGUCCUCCACCAUCGAUUGGCAGAGGCAAUGCACAAUCACCAGAAGGCCAAAAACAUCCACAGCCAGCAGCAGCAGCAGCAGCAACCUCAGCCACAGUCCGGACCACCUAGUUAUCCCAACCAACAAUCCAGACCAAACACCUAUCACUUUGAUGAUGCUUCACAGAGUAUGUAUAUUCAGUUCGGUUACGGGGGACCGUAUGUAGGUGGCACCGGUGCUGGACAAGUCCCACCUCGCCUGCCUCUGGUUUCUGGGCUUCAGGGUCCUACUCAACCUAUUGCUGCUCCUAAUUCGUCUGUUGGAGGAAUGCCCCAAGGACCACCACCAGGCAAUUUCGUAGGCCACAGUCCACUUGACCUGUCAAAGCAGACACCACCACACCAUCAGUCUGCUCAUCACUCUCUUCCUCCAGCUUCGUUGGGAGUGAAUCAACAAUUAGCCAUGGCAAAUCCUGGACAUUCUGGCCCAAUGCAGGGUAGACCAACUCAGGGAAAUAACCAGUUUUUCGGUCGUCAGAUACGCCCGGGAAAUCAGCACAUGCCUAGACCCCCUAUGGCAGGAGGUACCAUAAAUCCCAAUCACCCACCCAAUGCUCCUCAGGCCUUACCUUACCCUGGGAUGAAUCAACCCUUACUUUUCGUCAUUGGAGAUCAAUUCAGCCAGCAAUCGCCCUAUUUAUCGUACCCGGCGAAUCCUCCAGCGUAUUAUCCACAAUCAGGGAACCUGCCUCCCGGAAAUGUGUCGUUCCAGCAACCGCGAGCAGCUCAGCAAACGUAUGGUUACAGACAGACGCCCCCAUACCCGACUUUUCCUAUGCAGAGUACUCCAGCUGUAUUUUACCAGCAACAGCAGCCUCAACCCCAGCAACCUCAACAACAACAACAACCCCAACAGCAGCAGCCCCAACAAACCCAGCAGCCCCAACAGCCACAGCAAGUCCCUGUCGCUCCACCACCGACUGCCCAACCGCGUGAAAGUUCUGGAUCAUCACGGAGGGCAAGGUCAAGUGCCUUGCGUAUUGUUGACCCCAAUACUAAUAGGGACGUCUUAACCGGUGAGGAAGUGUUGGUCAGUACGUCAGUCGUGGUUACUCCAACCACUGCUACGCCUCCCGAAAUCGUGGCACCCGGUGUUGCGGCGGCGCCUGUAGCGGCCGUGGACGAAGUUGAGGCACCAUUAACAGUGACGGCACCAGUCACGUCGGAGACGGAAGAAAUGGCCCCGACCCCGAAGGAGGAAGCUGUUGUUGUUACUCCACCAGACAAUACAAACGUUGAAGUAAUCGAAGAAGUUAAGGCCGAGGAAAAGACGGUACCAACAGUAGCUGCUGUUCCCGUAGUUGUCGCUGCACCGCCAGCACCAACGCCGCCUGUGCCAGCCACAGUCGCUGCUCCGGUAGUAGCGACACCGCCGGCACCGGUCAUCGAAAAGGAGGUCAUCACUGUCCCCGUUACCCAGGAGAACGGUGAAGUACCCUCUCCCAGUGAGCCACCUUCCAGUUCGGCAUCGCCCACUCCCGCUUCGACUUCUGUUAGUCCCGAACAAGGCGAAGGACGAGGCAACCCCAAGGGUGGAAAGAAGGGACGUAAGAGCUCAAGGACGGGUUCGACCCCCACACCUCCUACUCCCACUCCCCCUCCCCCACAGAGCAUCGAGGAAGUUAAAAUCGUGGCCCAACCUGUGGCUACUGUUGCCGAAAUUCCUGCUCCAAUUCCGGUGAAAGAUGUUGAGCCGGUUGCUGCUCCAAUUGCUUCUGCCGUUGUUCCGACAACUCAAGCACCAGUGAUUGAUUCAUCACCCAAGGUGGAAAUUGAAAUCAAAGAUACGCCAAAACCAUUGCCGGUCGUUCCGGAAUCGGAUGUCGAAAAGCCUUCAGAGAAGCCCGUUAUUGCAGUCGAAACAGAGCCUGUGAUCACCAAUGGGGAUAAGCAAGGAUCGAGCCCUUCGCCUAGUGUGAUAGUGAUGACACCACCACCGAUUACCGCGAGUGAUGAUGGAGAAAAUCGGGCACCUGGUAAAUCGUCGUCCCUGAAAUACACCUACAAGGAUGAUCAAUGGAGUCCGGUCAAUCCAGAAGGGAAAAAGACAUACGACCGUAACUUCCUUUUGGAAUUACAGAACAAUCCCGCUUCCCAAAAGAAACCGGAUGGUCUGCCCAGUUUAGAAGUAGUUCGCGAUAAGGCUUCUACCAUGAAGCGUGGUGUUUCCGUUGGUGACUUCACUCCACCCUUUGUUAAAAUGAUGCCGGCAAAGGGGCUUCCUAAAAGGAAUAGUCAACAAGGAAGUCGAGAUCAGGGAAUGGGUCAGCAACAACCACCCCAAAGGAGAGAAAUCAAGCUGAUGAAUUCUUUAGUAAGACAAGAACGUCCCGAAGAUCCUAACGUUUGGAAACCCAAGCAUGCUUCAAAAACAAAGGAAGAGAAAGAAAACCCCGAUAAAGCCAGCACUGAGGGAAUGCUAAAGACCGUCCGAGGAAUCCUGAACAAGUUGACUCCUUCUAAAUUUGAAGCGUUAUUAGCGAGGAUUCAAGCCUUAGAUAUUGAUAGCGAAGAUCGGUUAGCGGGAGUAAUCAAGCUGUUUUUCGAGAAGGCUGUUGAUGAACCCAUUUUCUCGUCUAUGUAUGCAAAAAUGUGUCAAGCUUUGUCAACAAAAGAAGUAGCUUCUGCAGCUAAUCCAGCUGAAACGACGAACUUUCGUAAGCUACUGCUGACUCGUUGCCAGAAAGAAUUUGAGAAGGAUAGUGCCGGUCUAGUUGACGUGGAAAACAAAAAGAAGGAAAUUGAAACCGCCGAAACGGAGGCCAAGAAAAAGGAACUCGAACUUGAACUAGAAGAUCUGGUCAAUUCAAAUCGAAGAAAAUCAUUAGGGAACAUUAGGUUUAUUGGAGAAUUAUUUAAAUUGCGAAUUCUGUCCGUGAAAAUUAUGCAUCAAUGUAUUCUUCGGUUGUUGAGUCAACCUGAAGAUGAAGAGUCGCUCGAGUGCCUCUGUAGAUUGUUGUCGACAAUCGGCAAGGAAUUGGAAACUCCAAUGCAAGUUCCCGCCGGAAGAUCAACAUCAAUUUCGACGAAUCGCGAGACCAUGAAUUCAUACUUCAGCACUCUGGACGGUAUCGUUAAUAAGCGCAAAAUAUCGAACCGUAUCCGUUUCAUGAUUCAAGACGUCGUUGAUUUGCGGAAAACCGGGUGGAAGCCUCGUCGUGAGGACAAUAAUCCCAAGACGAUCGACCAGAUCCACAGGGAAGUUCACAAAGAGCGUGAAGAGCAGGAGAGGGAGUUGAACAACCCACAAUUCCAGGGACCUAUGGGUUCCAUGGGUGGUCUUUCUCGUGACGGUAGAAUGGGCGACAGACGCGGUGGUGAUGACCGUAAUCGGAAACAAUCACGUCCCAGUGACGAUGGCUGGAACACCGUUCAGAAUAGUGGUAAUAGGGGUGGCAAUGUCAAAUUAGAUAUGAAGCAACUUCGGAUACCCAAGGCGUCUGGAGAUGCUGAUCAAGCUGUUAUUAGUUUAGGCCCUGGAGGUAAGGGCAUGACUUCUUGGGGUCGAGGAGCCUCAGGUGGCAUGUCUCAAUCGAUGAUCGGCGGUGUCGGUGGUGGUGCAUCGCAAGAUACUCGAUCCAAUCGCUACCAAAUCUUGGAAGACGACUCUGGAACUCAACACGAAAGCGGCAAAGCACCAUUCGCUGGACGCUCUAGUCUGGGUGGUCCGCCACAAAGUGGUCGCGGUGGUAAUCAAGACUACCGGACAAUGCCUGGAGCCACUAAAAGUGCUUUCUUCCCUCCUAAGGACGGUGAUCGUGGACUUGACCCUCUUCGCUCACAGAACUCCGGUUUCUCUGGUCGUUCUCGUAGUCAGCAGUCUUCUCGUGAAAACUCCGUUACUCGUCCCGUCAUUCGCGAAACGGCUCAACCACCAGCGUUGUCACGCGAAGUAUCCAAAGAUGUACUUUUAGGUAAAUCUACCGUGACAGAUGACGAGAUUGAGCGAAAGUCUCAUUCGCUUCUAGGUGAAUAUUUCACGAAUGAAAAAAUAGAGGAUGCUGUUCUUGACAUGAAGGAAUGGCUGCAUCCAUCGACCAUAGCCAGAUUUAUCAAUCAAUGCUUGCUGCACGUACUAGAACAUAAUAAAAAAGAACGUAGAGCGACAGGCAUUUUGUUGAAAGAAAUGGUUAAAAGAAAACUGUUUAAUUCCUCUGACAUUAUGGAAGGAUUUACUGAACUCCUCCAAUCGGCUGAAGACUUCAUUGUGGACAUUCCCAAGUUGUGGGAAUAUGUGGCUGAGCUGGUUGAGCCUCUGUUUGAAGAAGGCGUGAUAAAUUUGAACUUUCUUCCGCAGUUGUCAUCGACCCUGAAUUCAUCUUUGGUUGCUAAUUUUAUAGCUGCAGUUCUGAAGGAAUUAGUCAAAGCACAGGGUGUGGCUGGAGCUGAAAGAAUAUUUAUCAUGUCGAAUGCACCACUCACCAGUGUUUUACCAUCUGGUGUUGACCUGAAUGCAUUCCUCGCUCAACAUAAGGAACUCGAAUUCCUUUCCAAAGUCGAUUCUAUACCAAGGGGUAGCGGCAGUGUUGGCAAGUCCAGCAGCAGUGCUAUCCCCGCCAGUCAAGUUAACAUCGAUUUUCAGCACAGCCUGGAGAAGUACUUGAGAGACGCGACCCAAUUGACUACAGAUGACGUCUGUAGCUGGAUUCAGAAACAAUAUGUUGGUGAAGUGAAUCCCGCUUUCAUUCGUGCCUUGGUCACCGCAGUAACCGAGAGUUCUAUUGAAGGACGUGGUACAGACAGUAAACUGAACAACACUGUUUUGAAAAAUCGGACGGAGGUGUUGAGGCGGUACGUUGACAACAUUGCUGAUCGUGAGCUUCAACUGCUUUACGCAGUUCAGACUUUAGUGACCCAGCGACAACACCCCAAAGGUUUAAUUCAAGGCAUCUUCGAGACCCUCUAUGACAGUAACGUCGUUUCUGAAGAGGGCUUUGAGUCGUGGGUGUCUGCCGACGAUCCUUUGGAACGUGAAGGCAAAGCUGUGGCACUCAAGAUGAUCACAUCUUUUCUGACGUGGCUGAAGGAAGCUGACCCUGAAAGCGAUCAAGAGGCGGAUGCCUGACCUUAUGAAAAGCAUAUUGAGGAGCAUUUGUGUGAGUGUAUCGUGUGAGUGAAGGGGUGAGGCCAGAGUGUGCAUGCGUGUAAGUGAAGAAGAUUGGUGGGAUUUAUCGCCCCUAAUCUUCCCUAAUUACAUGAAAAUGAGCUGAUUUUUGAGCGAUAAUUGUGCUCCAAGAGCACACCUGGCUAAAUUUAUUAAUGAUGUAGUUGGAAUUUUGCCCCUUUAUUUUCAUACACCCCUUUCAACUGAUUGUGUGGGCGGAUUAUUUUUAAUCCAAGGAAGGGCAAAUGUUGAUAUAAAAGAAUCGGUCAGAGAAAAGCGAAAGGUAUCGUGUGAAUAAUUUGUUAGUUUGUUUUUCUUUUCGUUUCAUUUCAUUGGCAAAUGAAAAACAGGAGAAGAAUUUUUAAAAUCAUUUUUCUGUUUGAAUUUUUUUUGUUUCUUGUAUGUGUGUAAGAAAAAAAAUGUUGUGCUGGGCCGGGGGCGAUAUGUUGAUUGCAUGAUCGAUUUACAUAUGAUGGAUAAGAAACAACAACCCAUAAUUUCAUGGAUGCGCUUUCGCUAAUUGAAAUGAGCAAGCAAUUGUUUUGGAACGUAGAGUUCCACUCAUUCUUGCUCUCGCUCCUCCUUCCCUUCCACGUGAAAGACAGUCGGUUUACACAUUCUGUGAACGUGGCGGUUUUGUUUGCAACGUUUGUAACAUUUGUUGUAAGACUGAUACUUUGAAGGGAUUUAUUCAUACACUGCAGUAGAAGGUUA